CAAUUUUGAUAUUGAUUUCUUCGUGUGUGUUAGGUUUUAAGUCUUAAAUGAUGAAGAAGAAUGAUGCUAAAACCUCGGUGUGGUGGGAUAUUGACAGGUAUCCGGUUCCAGGCGACUGUGAUGCUCAUCAGAUUGCUCCAAGUAUAAAACGGGCAUUGUGUAGUUUAGGUUACUACGGUCCUCUCACCAUCACUGCUAUUGGAAAACUGACAGACGUCCGUCAUGCAGACCUGCAAGCUCUCUAUUCCACCGGAAUCGCUUUUAAAAUAGUCGCCUCCAGGGCGGUAAGCAUUUUGGGCGACAUGUCUGAGUGGACGGAAACAAAUCCACCUCCGGCUAAUAUAAUGCUCAUAUCCGACAAUGAAGUCUUAUGGCCUUCUCUUGGAGGGAUGCGGUUGAAUAAGGGAUACAACAUUCUGUAUGCAUAUCUUCCAGAAUGCAUGCAGGAUCUCAACUUUCCUGCAGAGUGCCUCUGGCCAAACAUACUAGCAGGUAUGCAAGGGAGACCCGAAGAAAUGAGCUUCAGGAGCAGUGCAGCGAAACGGGUGAACCUGCCUGGUUGUGCAAAGCAUGCGAACAUUCUGGAGAUCAAAGCUUUGGAAAUUUCUUCACGCAUCUCAACAGCGAGGAACAUUCACAGAUAAUUUGACGACACAACAGAGAUUAAGUGGAUUCCAAGAUUCUUUUGGAAUUCUACAAGAACUCAAGUCAUUAAUGUGAUGGACCAUGCAGCCACAGGAGGUAAUCAAGCCGUUGGUUUGCAUCAAAGAGCAAGGAUUAACCACGGGAGCUAUCGUGGGCCACGAAAACAUCUAGCGAAUCCCACAGUGGCAGAUGUUUACACAGUUCCUGAAUCUUCAGUUUGAGUUGAAGAUUUAAUUAUACAAGAUCAGUUGUUCCAAGCAAAAUAAGAAGGAAUAAAAAUUCCAUGUAAUUUCUUCAUGUUGAAGUAAAAACCAAAGUGGAUAAACAAAGUUUCUUUGAGUUUGCAAAGUACUUUUUUCUCUUACCAUAUAUAAUGCUGAUAGUGAAUCUUUACUUGAGGAGAACUCAAUGCAUAAUACACUGCAAAAGUUAAA